AUGAGCAUCGCAACACCACGCAAAGCUCGCGGCCACAAGCGCCAUCCCUCCAAUCUCGUCCCCGCCAUCUCCGACUACGAGUCCGACGCCGCCAUGGCUGCCCAGCAUCCAUACCAGGCGCCGCCCCCGCGCACCAACACCGAGCUCAACCUCGCCGUCCUCCAGCGCUACGUGCCCUCCAUCUUCAACAUCCUGAGCAUCGCCGCCAACGCCGUCAUAUACACCUUUGACAGCGCGACCGAGGCGUGGGACAAGGCCGGCGUCGAGGGCACCCUCUUUGUCUGCACCCAGUCCCCCAGCGACCCCAACAACACCCCGCGCGCGUGCGUCUUUGUGCUGAACCGCCGAGGCCUCCACAACCUCAUUGUCGACCUUGCCCUAGUCAGCGACGUCGAGAUUGCCGGGGAUCUAAUCAUCUUGCGUAUUGAGGGUGCUUGGGAAGGAGGUGAUAGGGUGCUCGGCUUCUGGAUACACAACGACCGUGAGGAGACGCGGCAGAUCAACGCCGCCACCAUCCAGGAGUGCUGGGGGAUUGUGCGGUCGGUGGGCGCUGUGGAUGAUCAGCGCCAAGAGGCCGGCCCGGCCAUGCAGGCUAUUGGAAGGCCUCUUACGAUGAAUGACCUUUUUGGAAGUCAGGCAGUAAGCCAAGGACAGUAG